AUGUCCCAAACAGCUACCAUCACGCAGGAAGCUCACGCAUCUCCCAGCGAUGGCAUUGAGUUGACUCGUUUCCCGUCAACUGCCUCACAUGGGCGCAGCAUAGGCUCCCAAGCCAAAGAUAGUGUCCGAACUCCUGCCGAAGCAGAAAUUGGACCAUCUGACGGCGAUGGUGAGCCGCCCGCGGAUGCGCAAAGUCAAGUCGAGCGGUGGAACUAUCCAAGAUCGAAUGUAUUCAAGUUGGGAUUUGCAUUCUUGUCGUUUGUUAUUGCAGGAAUGAAUGAUGGCGCAGUUGGCGCAUUAAUCCCAUAUCUCGAAAAAUACUACGACCUAAACUACACCGUCAUAUCACUCAUCUUCCUCACCCCCUUCGCAGGGUACUCCCUCGCCGCAUUCACCAACGCCCGCAUCCACGUCGCUUUCGGACGCCGCGGCGUGGCCAUCAUGGCUCCGUUAUGCCACAUCAUCACGUACGCGGUUCUUGCGUCGCAUCCGCCGUAUCCUGCGCUCGUGGUUGCGAACGCCAUCAGUGGUUUUGGCAACGGACUUACUGAUGCGUGUUUCUGCGCGUGGGUCGGCGCGAUGGAUAAGGCGAAUGCGAUUCAGGGCUUUUUGCAUUCGUGUUAUUCCCUGGGUGCGUUGUUUGCGCCUCUUAUUGCGACGAGUAUGGUUGUUACGGCUGGAUUGCCAUGGUAUAACUACUAUUACGUCAUGAUUGGGAUAUCGUUCCUGGAGUUGGUUGGUUUGACGGCUGCGUUCUGGGAUAAACCUGGUUCAGUGUACAGAGCUGAGCAUACGAAUGAUAGUGAAAGCUCUGGCGCAGGGACGAGGGAGGCGAUUAAAUCCAAGGUUACGUGGUUAUGCGCCGCCUUUUUCUUCACAUACAUGGGCGUGGAAGUCGGUCUCGGCGGAUGGGUAGUCACAUUCAUGCUCAAAGUGCGUCACGCAACGCCCUACGCCUCAGGAAUAUCCGGCUCCGGCUUCUGGGCAGGCAUGACACUCGGCCGCGCGGCACUCGGAUUCGUAACAGAGCGCUAUGGCGAGCGCAUCUGUCUGACCAUCUAUCUGGCAAUUUGUCUGGGACUAGAACUGCUGUUCUGGCUGGUGCCGCAGUUUGUGGUCUCAGCUGUGGCGGUUGCUUUUCUGGGCUUCUUCCUUGGGCCGAUGUUUCCGGGGGCGGUUAUGGUUACGGCGAAGUUGCUGCCGAAGAGGAUUCAUGUGAGUGCUAUUGGGUUUGCGAUGGCGCUGGGCGGGACGGGGGGAACGGUGUUUCCGUUUAUUAUUGGGGCGGUGGCGAGUAGUGCGGGUGUGAAGGUGUUGCAGCCGAUUGUGUUGGCGUUGAUUGUGGUUGUGACGGUGGUGUGGUUGAGUUUUCCGAGGAUUCGGAAGAGGGAGUAG